AUGGAAGAGCAGCUGGAUCGGAACCGCGAGCAGCACGAACUUGAGCGCCGCAUCGAGGAGUUGCGUAGAGAGUUGAGAGUUCGCGGUCUUCAUGAUGAUGAGAUCAGCCGGAAACUCGGCUUGCCACAAACAGGUAUGAGAAUAUAUAGAAUAAUUGUUUUUCGGCGAACCCUUUCGUAG